AUGGGCAGCUUGGACACCAACCCUACCGCCUUCUCCGCCUUCGGCGACGACGCCUCCGCCGGCUUCCAGCCGCUGAACCCCGACGACGUCCGCUCCUACCUCCACAAGGCCGUCGACUUCAUCUCCGACUACUACAAGUCCGUGGAGUCACUGCCCGUGCUGCCCGACGUCAAGCCGGGGUACCUGCGGAACGAGCUGAGUUCCGCGCCGCCCACGUCCUCAGCCCCGUUCGACGUCACCAUGAAGGAGCUCAGGGCGUCCGUCGUCCCGGGGAUGACGCACUGGGCCAGCCCCAACUUCUUCGCCUUCUUCCCGUCCACCAACAGCGCCGCUGCCAUCGCCGGCGACCUCAUCGCCUCCGCCAUGAACACCGUCGGCUUCACGUGGCAGGCCGCGCCCGCCGCCACCGAGAUGGAGGUCCUCGCGCUCGACUGGCUCGCGCAGCUCCUGCGCCUGCCGUCCAGCUUCAUGAACCGCACCGGCGCCGCUGGGCGCGGCACAGGCGGCGGCGUCAUCCUGGGAACCACCAGCGAGGCCAUGCUCGUCACGCUCGUCGCCGCGCGUGACGCCGCCCUGCGCCGGAGUGGAUCCCAGGGCGUGUCCGGCCUGCCGCGCUUGGCCGUGUACGCCGCGGACCAGACGCACUCCACUUUCUUCAAGGCGUGCCGUCUCGCCGGCUUCGACCCUGCCAACAUCCGCUCCAUCCCCACCGGCCCGGAAACGGACUACGCCCUCGACCCGGCGAGGCUGCUCGAGGUCAUGCAGGCCGACGUCGACGCCGGCCUCGUGCCGACCUACGUCUGCGCCACCGUCGGCACCACGUCGUCCAACGCCGUCGACCCUGUGGGAGCCAUUGCCGACGUCGCCGCCGUGUUCAACGCCUGGGUGCACGUCGACGCUGCCUACGCCGGCAGCGCGUGCAUCUGCCCGGAGUUCCGGCACCACCUCGAUGGCGUCGAGCGUGUCGACUCCAUCAGCAUGAGCCCGCACAAGUGGCUCCUCACCUGUCUCGACUGCACGUGCCUGUGGGUGCGCGACACGCACCGGCUCACCGACUCGCUGGAGACCAACCCGGAGUACCUCAAGAACGACGCCAGCGAGUCCGGCAACGUCACCGACCUCAAGGACAUGCAGGUCGGCGUCGGCCGCCGCUUCCGGGGCCUCAAGCUCUGGAUGGUCAUGCGCACCUACGGCGCCGCCAAGCUCCAGGAGCACAUCCGCAGCGACGUCGCCAUGGCCAAGAUGUUCGAGGACAGUGUCAGGUCCGACGACCGGUUCGAGGUCGUGGUUCCCAGGAACUUCGCGCUAGUGUGCUUCAGGAUCAAGCCACAUGGCGGCGGCAUGACGGAGGAGGACGCCGACGAGGCCAACCGUGAGCUCAUGGAGUGCCUCAACAGGACAGGGAAGGCGUAUCUCGCGCACACGGUGGUUGACGACAGGUUUGUGCUGCGGUUCGCAGUGGGUUCGUCGCUGCAGGAGGAGAGGCACGUCCGGAGCGCGUGGGAGCUCAUUAACAAGACUACCACUGAGAUCAUGCAGGACAAGAUCGUUGCGGCCGUGGAGUAG